AUGACAGACACCAUGGACGAGGACCCCUCCUCGGGGAUCCAGUCCUCCUCCGAAGAAGAGGAGCCGAUCGAAUCCCUCAUCCGCGGCCGCGCGAAACGAAGCACCGCCGGACUACACAUGUCGGCCCUUAUCGACGCCGCCGCGGAUGACGACCUGACACUCCUGUUUGAGGAAGUGGAAGAUGACAACGAAUUCGCGAUGGAAGCCGGUCCCGAAGCGGGCGCCGACAAGGAAGACGACAUGCUCGACUCGUCUUCCGACGAUGACGACGACCAAGGGCCGGACGCGGGCAACGACUACGAAGGAGAGGAGCAGCUGCAGAAGGAAGAGCGCAAGAAGCGCAAAGCACAGAAUAACCUCCGAUUCCAGACCUUGCGCAAACGCGUCAAAAUUGAUCCCACCGCCCUCUCCUCCAUGCCUGCUCCUCCGCCUCGUCCGAAGAAGAAAUCCGAACGCAUCUCGUGGAUCCCAACGCCUGAAGACGGGCCUACGCGGUCAUCCUCGCGCAGACAGACGAUGCAUAACAAGGAACUCACGCAUGCGCGUCUGAAAGACAGCCAGGAGAAGCGGGUGCGGAUCAUUGCGACGAUGAAGGAAGCAGAAAAGCGCAAGGCCCAUCUGAAGCCCAAGGAAAUGACGCAAGAAGAUCAUCUGGUCGAGGCGGCGCGGAUAGAGCGGCUCAAUAGCAAGACCGUGAAUCGAUGGGAGGAGGCAGAGAGGAGAAAGGCAGAUGAACGACGGCUGAAGAUCGAAGCCCUCCAAAACCGUCGUCUGGAUGGACCCGUCAUGUCGUACUGGAGUGGUCUGGCGACCUGGGUGAAUGGCCGCCUCACCCGUGUGGGUAAAGUCGACGUGAAGCCCAAGCCCAGCAAAGAGGAGCUGGCUUUGAGGAAGGCAAAGAAGUUGGAGAAGGAGAGGGAAGAAAUGGAGAGGGAAGAGAAGGCUGCUGCGGAACUUCGCGCGAAAGAGAGUGCUGCAAAUACAACAACAUUACAACCACAGCCGGAAAGCUCUGAAGCCUCAAUAUCCGGAACAGCUUCGAUAUUACCGGAUACAAAGCCUCUUGACCAGCCUGCAGAUACAGCAGCUCCUCCGCCGUCUGUUGAAGUACCUCCCAGCAAUCCGCACGAGGAGCAACCUACGGGAGAUCCGCCAGCUACAGCAACUGUGGUAGAGGAAGAAAAAGAUGAAAAAUUAGACAAAGAGACCCCGAAACCCACCACCGAACCCUCAGCGCAGAAGCCAGGUCCUGCGGUUGAGACUCCGGUGCGUCGUGAGCCGUCGGCAUCUAGUCCAAAGUCCACCAUGCCGGAACCAUCCUCCGUCGAGGACGCGGAUGCCAUGGAUAUGGACCAAAGCGCGGCCCCGACUGAUGCCACCAAGGAUACCGUUGAGUCACAAGCACCGACAGCCGAGGAAUCCAAAUCCAAAACAGACGAAUUGAGCACGACCACCCCAAACGGAGUGCCAAACGCGGAUGCACCUGCAACCCUCGCAGCUGGGGACUCGGCUGAUGCCAUCCCCCUUGAGAACGCUGCCAUCCAAGAACCUCCUUCUGCCGAUGGCGUGAACGGCACUUCCUCGCAACCUGCGAUCCCGCCACCGCCGCCCGUGGUCGAGCAUACCGGGCGCACACUCACCAUCCUGGAGAAUUUUGACGACAGAACCGCGCACAGCAAGCAAUACAACAUCUACUUCAACGCGAAAAAGCCACCGCGGCUGACCAAAAUCUCGUCAUCGCUGUGCGUCAUCACCUCACUCCCAUCGCGCUACCGGGACCCGGAGACAUCGCUGCCAUACGCCAAUUCGUACGCGUAUGGCCAGAUUCGCCGCAUGCUGUCGCAGGGGCAUAUUUGGAGUUCGAUGCUAGGGUGUUUCGUGGGUCCGGCGGGCGUUGCUGCCCGCGGCGUCCCUGAGCGGUUUUUAGGCGAUGGGCCGGGCACUGAGACGGGCGCGACGGUCCCCAAUAAUGGCGAGUCUGUGGAGCCGUCGUAA